AUGUAUAAAACCAAGACAUUAGCACAGCAAAGGGCUGUCCCUAAGCCUGUGACAAAGAAUGUUGCGUUAUUUAAUGAUGAUUCUGACGAUGAAGAAAACAUAUCCAUGACAGAUACUUUACUCUUAGCCCAAUUUUUAUCUACGACUGGGCCUGAAGAGUACUUCAAGGAACAUAAUAAAAAACAAUUGAACAGAGCAUCUCGAUUAUUAAAGAAGUUACGUAAAAGACCAUCUGCUGAAAAGUAUGAUGACUUCAAGCUACCAAUGCACAGCCUGAUACAAGAGCAUAACAUCAGCAGCGGGACUCUACGUGAGGCUUCAUCAUUUGAUCAAGAGACCAUUUUACGUCGUGGCAAUAGUAACAAGCAUAAUCCGGGCGAUAGUAUAAACAGCAACAGCACCCUGCGCGAUUCGGGAGUCUAUAGUGAAACAUCAGAAAAGGAGCCAUGUAUGACGCUUCACGAGUUUCAUUUUCCUAUUGUCCCACACAGACCUGCACCACCACCACCAACACCAACACCUUCGCCUGGUACAACUCAGAAUAAUCUUCCAACAGACAUUCGUACUGUACCCGAAGCAGCGCGACAUCGAAGGCAAGCCCGUAUUCGUCACGCUCAAGUCCAAACACAACCUUCUCCAGAACAGGCAGAAGAUCAAACAGCUUGCCCGCACUGUCGCCAACAAGUUGUCAAGACACCACGGACAAGGAGGACGUCUUGUCCACCUGCUUUGGCUUCUGGACCUACCCUUGAACCAAGUGCAAAAUUAUUGAUGGCCAUGAUUGAACAACUCAAGCAUCAAUUAGCGCAAGAAAAAGAAUGCCGACAAAAGCUAGAACAGGCAAUGUAUCAAAAGGAGCGUAAAGAACAAUUAGAACUAGAAAAGGCCAAAUGGGCUAAUGAAUGUCGUGCACUCGACAAACGACUGGCUAUGCAUAAUAUCCCAGUAAAAUUGUAA